AACCGACCCUAAAAUGAUUGCCUUUGUUCUCUGCCACUGCAAUUGGCGGAAAAACAACGAAACAAAAUAAGAAAAAGAAAAUGAAAACAAAACAAUUUUAGGCAGGUGAUGAAAGGAAAAACAAGAAAACAAAGCAAAGGAAAAUUCCUGCAGGAAAAUCAACAUUUGUGCAACAUACGACACAUACAGGACAAAGAAAAACUGUACCAGCUGCUUCUCUCAGCAAGCAUAUAGAUAUUAAAUUACGCAGUAUUAGAUAAGAAACACCAAACAAGCUGUAAGGUCCCGCAUUAAGACAAAGUAAAUAAAUAAAAAAGAAUAUUUUUUUUUUGCAAAAGUGAGGCAAAAUAAUUUGAAAAUAAAAUGACUACGCCACAAAAUACCAGAAUUGCAUUAGCUGAUCGUUUAGAGGCCUUAAGAGUGGCCACCACACCAACCAAUACAAACAGACCAGAUGAUCCAACGCCAGCAUCAAUAUUUGCUUCCUCCUUAAUGGAUAAUAACACAAAUGUAGCCUUGGCACAAGAUUUCCAAAACUUGAUACCCUCACCGGAUGAAUUGAUAAUAAGACAACGCGGACGGCGGCGUCCUUUAAUAGACUGGACACCGGAACAGGCCGCUGCCACAACAAAUUCUGUUAUGAGAAAUCCCUUUCAAAGAACACCCACUAAAAUGCCGUUAAAUACCAAUAUGAUUUUAAGAAGUUCUCCACGAAAACGUUUAACUAUGGGCAGUACACCACCAGAACCUGGCAUGUGUUUUGGCGGCAACAUGAAUUCACCAACAAAACUAACCGCCAAACAACAAUUGUGGCCAGGAACGCCUUUAGUUAAAAGAUCGCGUAUGUGUGAAGAUGAAAAACCAAUAGCCCAGCUAAAUGAGGAAUUACCUUUGGCCACAUUACUACAGGGUCUAUCACAGCAACAGUUAAUUGAGUUGAUAGUGGGUAAAUUGGUGGCGGGCGAUGCAAAAGCGGAGCAAGAACUUAGAGCUCAAUUGCCCACACCAGAUAUAGAAACUAUGGAGCAGGAACUCCUACAUGCAAAACGUAUGAUUUUUAAAUCUCUGCCCACCUCACGUCUGUGCAAAAAGACCGAUAGUACGGCUUAUACAAGGGCUUCACUACAUCUCAAUGAAUUUAAACGUUUGGUUACACAUCACACCAAACAAUUGCAUGAUUCGGCUCAUUGGGAUGCUCUGCUCGAUUAUGUGUUUAUGGCCUGGCCAUGUGUAAAAGCAACACCCAAUUGGGACAAUGCCACACACAAUACAAUACGACGACAAUGCUUUAAAUUGCUGACCUGCAGUUGUAUGGCUGCUGUAAAAUGUGGCGGUACACGAUUGGGUUCAUCACGUCUGCACACACUAGAGCGCAGUUUACGUGAAUGGUCACAAGAUUACGAAGAUGUUUUAUCCUGUAUUAAUACUCUAAAUAAGGCUUUGUCAAAAGGUCGCACAAGUCUUUAAUCCUACUUUAAUCUUUAAUUUAAAAUUACAUAUACACACAUUUAUUUUUUUACUUUAGAGGACUAACUAAAACUAGAUGUUUUAUUUAGUAUAAGUUAUACUCACCAUAAUUAGUUUGUAAGUUAAAAAGAACACAUAUUUUUAAAAAAGUAAUUUUAGGUUUAAAUUUUAUAAGUGUGUUCCUUUACCGCUCAGUUUGGCAUGUUUAAGACUGAUUGAGCAAUGGGGCCACAUCGUAUCACAAAUUGUUAUUAUAUUCAAGUUUUACUUUUUACCCGGUAUUUGCCAUAUACAUACAUACAUUAAAUUU